AUAUUUAUUUGAUAAGGAGUCCAAAAUAUCUGAUCUCAUGCGCAUAAUUCACUUCACUUCAGUUAUGGUUUCUGAGAUUCCUUAGAUUAGAGUUUGGUUCCUAACUCACAACACAACUAUGGCGGGUGCAUGCAGCAGAGCACCCAUUUCCCAUCUUCCUCUGCGGAACCCCAAAACCAGAAUCUAUAAUUCUGAGAGCAGAGUUCUUCAACUUCCAAAUAGGCGUUUGUUCCUCUUCUCUCUGCCCCUAUCUAGUUUCGUUCUCCUUCCCGUUCCCAGCUUUGGUGAUGGUAACGGUGCAAUUGAUAAAUUUCAACAUGGGUCUUCUUCCUCGUACGCUGCCACAAUGUAUGACCCUCUAAGUGCUGCUGAAAGAGAAGCAAGUGCUUCAGUUUCACAGAGAGUCUCUCAAGCAGUGGAUUUGUUGGAGAAAGGGAGGGAAUUGCAGGCUCAGGGAGACUUUACUGCUGCUCUUGGUUACUUUUCUCAGGUUGUUGAAAGCUACAAAGACUUGGCAUUCUCAGAGUAUGCAAGGGUAGGAAGAGCAUUGGCCCUGUAUGAAGUUGGUGACAGAGAAGAAGCCAUUGCAGAGAUGGAGGACGUUUCAAUAUCUCUAAAAGGAUAUCCAGAAAUACAUGCAGCUCUUGCAGCAGCCUUGUAUGCAGAUAAGCACGCCGCUUUGCUUGCUGAAAACCAGUUUGCCAUUGCAACUCUUCUUGAUCCUCAUUUUACAGACCUUUCAUAUGUUAGAGACACAAAGCACUGGCCUCCAAGUUUGAUCAGUUCUCUGCAGCACUUCAUCACACUGUCUUAAGACCUCACAAUAUUCUUACGUUUUGGUUGACCCAAUAUAAAGGCUUCAUCAGUUUAUGACUUUUCAAAUAUGUAACUUUGUUUAAUUUUUCGAAUUUUAACUCUUUUGGUUCUGAAAUGUAAAUGAACACUGAUAUAAAUCCUCUCACUGCUUCCUACAAUACAGCACAGAAAGGUAUUUCCCAA